AUGGACACUCUUAGAGAAAACUUUGUUGUUAUUGAUGCUAACCAUAUAUGCAGCAUCCCCCUUUCUUUGAACCUUCCCGAAGAUAAAUUAAUUUGGCACCACGAAACAGACAACAAUUAUUCGGUUAAGACGGCAUAUUAUUGGUUGGGGGAACAAAGGCGCAAUUUCAAUCUAGGGCCCUCCUCCAAGGGAAAGCCGAAAAUCUGGAAUCAUCUUUGGAAAUUAAAGGUGAACCCAAGAGUUAAGAAUUUUAUGUGGAGACUCUUUAAAGAUAUUUUGCCUACAAAAACUAAUCUCCUCAGGAAAGGUACGCUGAAUGAUGGUUUAUGCCCGUUGUGCAAUUCUGAAUUGGAAAAUAAUCUGCAUCUCUUUCUUCGCUGCGAUUUUAUCAGAAAGGUUUUUUUCUCGAUCCCGUUGGAAAUUCGUAUUCCCACUUCGGUGGUAUUAAGGACUGGUUUUGCAGUAUUUUCUCCAGGAAAGACACUAAAUUGGGGCAAGUUAUAUCAAUUAGUUUCUGGAAAAUCUGGCAGUUGA